UUUAUUUCAGAUUUAGCGGUUGGCAUGUAUACGAUAUAGUUAUCGUUAUAUUUAAAUAUCGCAAUGUGGAGAACUCACCGAUCAAUUUGCGUCUUGCUAGUCGGUUGGAUAUACAUCAUAUUGAAUUUGUUGGCCAAUGUUUCAGCGCAAACAAGCUGCAAUGGUGGUUUAGGUAGGGUCGUCUACGAGAGACUUCCGGACCAACAACUUCAGGGUUUUGACGACGAUGUGGUGCGAGACUCGGCGCCUCCGUUUAGAGUUCUGGAAAAGUGUCAAGAGCUUUGUCUACGGGAUAGAACGGCGACGAACAACUUGGUUCGCGCGUGUACGAGCUUUGACUUUCAACCUGGCAGCAGAAUUGCGUCUUUCAGCGGGGCGGCCGAGUACGAGGAGAGUACUUGCUAUUUAACGAGGGAACAGGCGCAGCCGGAGGGCAUCGGAAAUCUUAUGCUGGUUCCGAAUAGCGUGCAUUUUACCGAAGUGUGUCUGGCAUCUGAUAGGAUAGAGAGGGAAUGCCCAAACCGUCGUUAUGUAUUUGAAAGGCAUCCAAGGAAGAAGCUGAAGCUACCCUUAACGGACAUCAAAGAAGUCAGUGCUGCGAACAGAACCGAUUGUGAGGACAGGUGUCUUAACGAGUUCAGUUUCGUCUGCCGAUCAGCGACGUAUGACACUGCCUUGAGAAGCUGUUCUCUCAGUCGUUUUACAAGAAGAACUCAUCCCGAAUUACUGGAGGAUGAUCCGAAUUCUGAUUAUCUGGAAAAUACUUGCCUCAAUGCCGAGCGACGAUGUGACGGCCUCGCUGUAUUUGUCAAAGAAGAAAAUAAACGUUUACGCGGUCCGUUUGAAGUGGAUAUUUACACAAACCUUACUUUGGACGAAUGUCAGGCGCUAUGUCUUAGGGCGGAGAAAUAUUUCUGUCGAAGCGUCGAGUUCGACGAGCAAACUCGACAGUGUGUCAUAUCUGAGGAAGAUUCGGUUUCGCAAAAAGAUGACAUCGGCAUCAGUAGCAGUCCCAGCCAUCACUUUUACGAUCUCGUCUGCUUAGAUAAUCCGCGCGGUUCGGAAUACCCGGACAGCAGCUCGACGUCGCACAUGUUCUCCGACGGUCGACGUCCUGACACGGCCUUCCAGCGUUAUCGGAACUCGCGCUUAAGCGGUGAGUUCCAUUCGGAGAUUACUGGACGCAGCCUCAGCGAGUGCCUUGAUGAGUGUCUCCGGCAAACAAGCUUCCAAUGCCGUAGUGCCGUCUACUCCGAGCAUUAUCAUACCUGUCGAUUGAGCCGAUUUAAUCAACGGGACGGUCACAGGAUUAUCUACGAUGCUGAUUACGACUAUUACGAGAAUCUCAUGCAUCAAUAUUUAGACGGCGAUCGCGAUGGCCCUGGAUACAGACCGGAUCCUCUGGGACAGGACACAAACUUUGGACGACCCUCUUUAGGAAGACCGGGAUACCCGGAUGAUUAUGAUAAAGGAUACUCCAGCAGCGUUAAACCGGAUCGUUAUCCCGAUCGCUAUCCAGAUCGUAUUCCAGAUCGUUAUCCAGAUCGAUACCCAGAUCGCUAUCCUGAUCGCCAUCCCGAUCGCUAUCCGGACCGUUAUCCCGAUCGUCGUCCUUUAGACGACAGAUAUCCAGAUACCAAGUAUCCUGGACAAUAUCCUGCAGGCGAUUCGGACAAUUAUCCAGACCGAUAUCCUCUCGGCGAUCGAUAUCCCGAUAGAUAUCCCGCUGGAGACCGUUAUCCUACAGGAGAUCGUUAUCCCACAGGAGAUCGUUAUCCUACAGGAGAUCGUUAUCCUACAGGAGAUCGUUAUCCUACAGGAGAUCGUUAUCCUACAGGAGAUCGUUAUCCUACAGGAGAUCGUUAUCCUACAGGAGAUCGUUAUCCUACAGGAGAUCGUUAUCCUACAGGAGAUCGUUAUCCUACAGGAGAUCGUUAUCCUACAGGAGAUCGUUAUCCUACAGGAGAUCGUUAUCCUACAGGAGAUCGUUAUCCUACAGGAGAUCGUUAUCCUACAGGAGAUCGUUAUCCUACAGGAGAUCGUUAUCCUACAGGAGAUCGUUAUCCUACAGGAGAUCGUUAUCCUACAGGAGAUCGUUAUCCUACAGGAGAUCGUUAUCCUACAGGAGAUCGUUAUCCUACAGGAGAUCGUUAUCCUACAGGAGAUCGUUAUCCUACAGGAGAUCGUUAUCCUACAGGAGAUCGUUAUCCUACAGGAGAUCGUUAUCCUACAGGAGAUCGUUAUCCUACAGGAGAUCGUUAUCCUACAGGAGAUCGUUAUCCUACAGGAGAUCGUUAUCCUACAGGAGAUCGUUAUCCUUCUUCUGAUCGUUAUCCAAUUGGAGACCGUUAUCCAAUCUCAGAUCGAUAUCCGAUUUCCGAUCGAUAUCCCGUUAGAGGAGGAGAUCGUCCUUCUAUCGGCAGCGAUAGAUAUCCUAUGCCCGAUUCCGGAACAUUAGACAGAUAUCCUGCAAAUGGGCGAUAUCCUGUAAUACAUGGUGUUCGAUAUCCGUCAACUCCGAGCCGGUAUCCUGUCGACGUCAGCGAUCGAUACCCGAAUAUGAUCGACCGGUAUCCUUUCUCAGAAGAUCCAUUGGAUCGAUAUCCUACGGCAUUAGGCGGCGAUCGAAUUCCAAUCGAUCGGUAUCCAGCCAGUGGCAGAUAUCCUGACAAGGAUCCUUAUGCCAAUCGCAGGUAUCCGCCGCCAGGAAUGCAUCCGCACGGAUUUGUCGAUGACGUUCGCGGCCCUCAAAGCCAUGGUCCCGAGCCACGACCUCACUAUGCUCCUGGGCCUUACGGUCCGGCUGCGCGACCCACUGGAGGAUACGGAGGCUAUGGUAGCGACGGCGGUAUCGUGGGUGGCGGAUACAUAGGCGAAGGUGGUGUCUACAACACUCGUCCGUUUGGUACCGCCGGCGGGCCCAUCAUAGGCAGACCUCCCUUGAUAUCCAGAUGCGACGAACAGGAUAACUUUAGACAAGUCGGACCUCACACUAGGGUGCGAAAGCCGUUUGUCAGACGAUAUACCACUGCCUCGUCGCUAGCUCAGUGCGAGAGAGAAUGCGCCGAUGCUAGAGACUUCGUUUGCAGAUCCUUCAAUUACCGGCCCUACGCCGCGCCUUAUGGUGCCGAGAGGGACAAUUGCGAGCUCAGCGACCGGGACUCCAGGGACAUGGACAUGGGCAACCCAGUUUAUUAUGACACGGGCUCCGAUUACGACUUCUACGAGAGGAACAACGGUCGUCAGGGUGCGGACGGGGAAUGUCUGGAUGUAAGUCAAGUCUGUAGCGAAGAUGGAAUGGAGUUUACUCUGAGGACGCCGGAGGGUUUCAUUGGGCGAAUUUACACGUACGGAUACUACGAUCGGUGCUUCUUCCGCGGAAAUGGUGGGACCGUGAAUGUGCUUCGUAUCAGCGGACCACAGGGAUACCCCGAGUGCGGCACACAGCGAUACGGUGAUACAAUGACGAACAUCGUGGUGGUGCAAUUUUCGGACUACGUGCAAACUGGACGAGAUAAGCGAUUCAACCUGACGUGCCUAUUUCGUGGACCUGGUGAGGCUGUCGUCACGUCCGGCUACAUCGGUGCCGGAUCAGGAUCUCCCAUCCCCAUUGAAUACCUCCCAGCGGAAAAUACCCUAAGUUCCAAAGUACGCUUGAUGAUUCUCUAUCAAGGUAGACCUACGACCACUAUCGCUGUUGGUGACCCUCUUACUUUCAGACUCGAAUCUCAGGACGGAUACAAUUACGUAACAGAUAUAUUCGCUACCAAUGUUAUUGCAAGAGAUCCUUACUCUGGUAGAAGCGUUCAACUGAUAGACAGAUACGGCUGUCCAGUGGACAACUACGUGUUUCCGGGAUUGGAUCGCCUUCGUGACGGCGACAGCCUUGAGGCCCGCUUUAAGAUUCUCGCUCUAUUUAUAUACUUUAAUGAACGUAUACGAAACCAACUAUAA